AGACUCGCAGCUGAUAUAAGGACGAGGUCUGUUCCGGUGAAAAGUGGCUGUCGCUGCCUCAAGGCAGGAGGUUUUUAACAGAGUUCGUUGUGUUUUAAUCAACGAAUGGACGUGUUUUUUUGAAGGACUUGAUGAUUUGACUGUACGAGACGUGGGGACCUCUGUGUUGUCCCUCUGAGUCCCGGGCUGUGUAGCGCCUCUCCCCCGCUGCCCGGCUCUCCAUCGACGGAGGAAACAAUGCAGGCCUAGCCAGCGGCUAACGGAGAAGCUAACCGGAUAGCGCUGGUGCAGCGGACCGCAGUGGGAUUUAAACCUCGGACGAAGUCGCUUUUCGACGCCGUAACUGCAUCUAAUCCACAAUGAGCUCUCAGCUGCAGGUCUUCUCCCCCCCCUCGAUUUCCACCAGUGCCUUUUGUCGUGUGAAGAAGCUGAAGGUGGAGAGCAAUGUUUGGGACGUGUCCACCACUGAGGCUUACAGCUCCAUAGCAGGCCAGGCAGCGUACACCUUCGCGCCUGCGAUGGCUGUGCCACCCUUCGCACCAUCCCUGGUCUUCCCCCCUGCAGCUCCUGGCUCCAGGGGUCAGGUGGUGGUGCGGGCAGCUGAUAGCACCGGCAGUCUUCCCCGUGGCUCCAGUCGACGUGUCGCCGAGCAGGCGAUGUCGUCUUCUUACACUCAUGCUGAGACAGCCGCAGAGAUGAGGGGGCACAGGCAUGGGCAGAAGAGAAAAAUGGAGGAGGCCACUGAAGGCAGUGGGAGUGGAUGUGGCAGUGUACAAAUAUUAGAGGAGCUCUCGGCACCUGCUGCAACUUACUCCACCCGUACAGGUGGUGGUGGAGGAGGGGGCACCGGCCAGUCUAUACCCCACUCGGCUCCAACCACAAAAAGCAGCAGCUCCAACGGUGAAGGAGAUUAUCAGCUUGUGCAACACGAGAUCCUCUGCUCGGUGUCCUGUAGCUACGAAGUGCUGGAGUUCCUGGGAAGAGGCACGUUCGGACAAGUAGCCAAAUGCUGGAAGCGGGGCACCAAUGAGAUUGUGGCCAUCAAGAUCCUAAAAAACCAUCCUUCAUACGCUCGUCAGGGCCAAAUUGAGGUGGGCAUCCUGAACCGGCUGAGUGCAGAGAACGCAGAUGAGUAUAACUUUGUGCGUUCGUAUGAAUGCUUCCAACACAAGGGCCACACCUGCCUGGUGUUUGAGAUGCUGGAGCAGAACCUGUAUGAUUUUCUCAAGCACAGCAAGUUCAGCCCACUCCCCCUACGGCACAUCAGACCCAUCCUACAGCAGGUGGCCACAGCGCUAAUGAAGUUAAAGAGCCUCGGUCUGAUUCAUGCAGACCUGAAGCCUGAGAACAUCAUGCUGGUCGACCCUCUCAGACAGCCCUACAGGGUGAAGGUCAUUGACUUUGGCUCAGCAAGUCAUGUCUCUAAGGCUGUGUGCUCCACCUACUUACAGUCUCGCUACUACAGGGCUCCAGAGAUCAUUUUGGGUUUGCCGUUCUGUGAGGCCAUUGACAUGUGGUCUUUGGGCUGUGUGAUAGCUGAGCUGUUUCUGGGUUGGCCUCUCUACCCUGGAGCCUCUGAGUACGACCAGAUUCGUUACAUCUCCCAGACUCAAGGACUACCGGCAGAGUACUUACUGAGCGCAGGCACUAAGACCAGCCGCUUCUUCAACCGAGGCCCUGAUUCCAGCUACCCACUCUGGAGGCUAAAGACCCCAUCAGAGCAUGAAAUGGAGAUGGGCAUCAAGUCCAAAGAGGCCAGGAAGUAUAUCUUCAACUGUCUGGAUGACAUGAUGCAGGUUAACCUGUCGUCUCAUUUGGAGGGGACGGACAUGUUGGCUGAGAAAGCUGAUAGACGAGAGUUUAUAGAUCUCUUGAAGCGGAUGCUCCGUCUGGAUGCCGACAAAAGAAUCACACCUACAAAAACUCUGGGUCACCCCUUUGUCACGAUGAGCCACCUCAUGGAUUAUCCCCACAGCUCCCAUGUGAAGUCGUGCUUCCAGAACAUGGAGAUCUGCAAGCGCCGGAGCUCCUACGAAAGUGGCAAAUCCUUGUACUCCACCAGUGCUGUCCCCAGUGCUUCAGCGGGCAACCUCACUGUUACCUUCAGUAGCCAACUCAACCAGCAUAACCAGGUGCCUUCCGCGGGGGGAGCGGUGCCUUUGCUGAACUACCAGCCGGCUCUGUAUCAGCAGGCGACCAUCAACAUUCCCGGGCUGGCUCAGCAGAGUGUGCCGAUUCCAACGCGUCCCGCUGGGCUGUGUAGCCAGACAGAACCCUUCCAGCAGACUCUCAUCGUCUGCCCACCCUCGACUAUUCAAGGUCUACAGACAUCCAAUAAAGGUUCCAGUUUCCCUGUGAGGAUGGAGAACUCUGUACCUAUUGUACCUCAGAACCAAUCUGCUCAGUCGUUGCAGAUCCAGCCGAGUAUGCUCACACAGGGUUCCUGCACACCCCUGAUGGUGGCCACCCUGCACCCACCCUCAGCAGGCAUAGCCCCCCAGUAUUCUCUGCCCCUCGGGCUGGGCACUGGGGUGGGUCGGCCCACCCUCCUGGAGCACACAGCCACAGUGCUGCAGGCUUGGCCCACUGGCACCCAACAAAUCCUCAUACCAUCGUCAUGGCAGCAGGUCCCAGGCGUGGCCAUUCACAGUUCCGCCCACCAGUCGAAUGUUGCUGGAUCUCCCCUGGAGACGCUUCACUCGGAUGCCGCCGCACAACAGGGACACAGCUGGAGGAGCACAACCCAAGCCAGGACUCAGCAGGAGAGGAAGAAGGUGAAAGCCAGACGUGGAGAGAACAGAAACAGGGGUCAAUCCGCUGCAUCAUUACUCAGCAGCAGUGGAAUCACCCCACCCGGUUCCAGCGCCACACUGUCCCAGCCGAUCAUCAUCUCUGACACACCCAGCCCGGCGGUCAGCAUUAUCACUAUUCACAGUGAUACCGACACUGAAGAUGAGCGCAAGUUCCAUCCCGCCAGUGUUGGUCUGAGCCAGCGCACCAAUGUUAUCAGCUGUGUGACGGUGCACGACUCUGACUCGUCCACGGCCAGCCCCCUGACUCCUCUUCCCCGCACACUUAACCCGGCUAGCACCGUGUCCUCACGCCAAGUCAAGUCUCUGGCAGUGGUGGCACCUUCAGUCAAAACCCAGGGCUCCGAGAGGGGAGCGGCUUCACGCGGACGCCCGGAGACUGUGAACUACAUAAAGCCCAAAAGAUCCAACCGUCCGCCGUGCAGUUCAGGGGAGAGCCUGGCACAUCACGGACUGGUGCCGAGCCAGUCACACCCCUUAAACCUCAGCCAGGUUCAGCCGGUGGUUUCUUCAUCUCAGGAGCGUACAGGGGCACCGCACGGCGACUCAUCUCUGCGUCGCCAGCAGACGUUCCCUCCGGCCAUUUCGGCCUCUCACUACAACUUCCCCGAGGUCGCCGCGCUGGCGUCCGCCUCGGCCCCCGGCCCCAGUCUGUACACUUACCCAGCCUCCAGCGCCCUGUCCUCUGCGUCUCAGGCCAUGGAGCAGCUGCUGGGCCGUGGUCACAGCAGCCACGGACACUCCCCCUCCACCUAUGCAGCAACGUACACCUCAUCCUCCUCCUCCAGGAGAGACUCGGCCAGUCGCAGGGAUUCCGUCAGUAGUCUGCUGCACGGCCUCCCCGCAGCCUACCAGCAUCAGUUCGCCACUGGUUCACCCUAUAUCAGCGUGACACCCCGGGCCGAGGCCUACACUGCGUACCAGCUGAGUCCCAGGCGCCUCACGCAGUACCCUUACCUAUAAGGACACACACACACACACACACACACACACACACACACACACACACACACACACACACACACACACACACACACACACACACACACACACACACACACACACAGAGAGAGAACAAAGAAAAGAAAAAAUCUGCUUCCCACAUAGUAUCACAAAGGGACAUUUAAACUGUAUUUCUAAUAGAAUAACUGUCGGUCACUUAUUCGUUUGCUGCUUUUGUCCACGAGGCAGACUUUCACCUCCAAGCUGUGGACUGUUUUGAGUGUUUUUUUGAAAUGUUCUUUAGUAUUAUUUGAUAUCGUAUCAGUUAAUUUUUCCCUAGAAAACAUUGUUUAUAACCCAUAUUUUAUCCCCGUCUUAUCCAAUUAUGGCAUUGGUAAAUGUAUUUUACGCCUGUUAAUCUUGAGGUUUUUGUGUGAAGAGAGAUUUUCCUCCUGUCACAAGCUGCGACGACACUUUAGGCUUUUAGACUCUCGACUAACGAGGCUGACAAAGUAUUCAGUCACGAGCCCCUGCGUUUUUAGCAAAUAUAAUAAUGACUGUACCAUACCCAUGUCUGUUUACUCUCAAAUGUCUUUUACUAUGUUUAUUAAAUUAUGUUAUGUCAGUGUGAGGAAGGAAGAGGACUGUCCCUGAUGUGGAUCAAGAGAAAGGUGUGGUAAAAACUGUGAUGGAUACAUGUUAAUUUAAGUGCACAUGUGAUAGUCUUUUAAUGUAGUGACAUUUAGACGGGAUUAGUCAUGUUUUCUUUUCUUUUUAACUGCAUCAACUGAGUGCUGAAUGUAUUUAUGAAGUACAGAAGAGUGGGAUCACCAUCCUGAGGAGUGACGUGAAAAGCUUUUCUUUUAAGUUGUUAAAAAAAAGGAAAAAUAUCUUUUCCCCCUUACUUUCCUUGAAAUAUGACAAAUCCAUUUACACAUGGACUGAAAAUAAUCCUCUAUUUCUGUGAAUCCUGAUUGUGUAGGACCUGCUCAUUAUUAAAAUUGAUAAAAAGCCAGUUAACCAUUUCUAUAUAUAUAUAUAUAGUUUUCAUGGGGGCUGUUAAAUUUUCUCCCCUGGACACUUUGGAAAUGCCCACUAAAGUUUUAACAAACUCCCCCACACUGCUGUACGAUGUGUGAUGGAUCUAAUGGGUUGCAAACUACUGGCUAAUGAGCUUAGUGGUCAGUGUCUGACGAGAAGACACGAGCUUUGAAAUGUCACCACUGAUCAAAGUCAAUCUCUUGCAGCUUUUCCUGCCCCCAUGUGUUUAGUUAGGAGGUGAGUAUUUGGAUGGUUUCUGUGGAUAAAACAUUUGUUUUCCUUAUCUCAAUCCUUCCCUGUUUGCAUCCGUUUUGUGUUGUAAAGUCUGAAUAUUUAACUGUAUUUCAUCUUAACAUAGUAUAGUUAAGAGGCUGUUUGGUAGAACUAAUUCAGGGAAAAAAGGUUUCAGCUCAAAUAAUCCACUGUCACUGUUUUCAAUAAAAUAACCAAACUCACAAA